UCAGCAGACACAACAUCUCUUGUGAAAGCAGAAACCAGAAUCAGAAUGGAAAUACCUGGAGGAUGGUCAGAGAUAAAACCUGCCACUGAUGAAGUCCAGGGGAUUUGCUCUGUGAUGAAGAGUAAUGUGGAGGAUAUUACAAAAACAUCCUACAGGAAAUUCAGAGCAAUUAUUUUCCGUGACCAGAUUGUGGCUGGAACAAACUACCUUGCUCGGGUUUAUACUGGGGAAGAAAAAAUGAUUGAUCUGAUGGUCUGGGAACAUUUACCUCAGAGAACUUCUGAGGGAUUGUGGACGAGUGAGUUUCAGCUGACGGGAAUCAAGCCAAACCGGAAACUAGAGGAUCCUCUAGAACCCUUCAACUAAUGCAACGAGAAGACCUGUUUCUAUUUUCUGCAGGUGGCUGCCUACAAGAAAUUUGCUCUAUCUUAAUCUCUAGGCAGAGUUAAUUCAAAUAUCAUCCAUUAUUUACACAGUCAUUGACACUGUUUAGUCUUGACAGCAUUGGAUAUAUAUUGCAACAGCUAUUUAAACAAAGUGUUUAAAAACAUCAAUAAACAA